AAAAAGAAAGGCAGUAACCCGUAGAUUACACGUCUUGGCCACUUCACAGGAAAAAGGUGAAGAUAUAUGGUGAAUUGUGAUAGCUUUCUUGGGGCCGCAUUUCUCGCUAAAACAUUUGUUCAACACAUCAAAGCCUACGCAAAACAUUGACAAAGAGGAAAGAGAAGAGAGAGAGAGAGAGAGAGGUAAGACAAACGCCCAGCAGCAAUAGGCAAUCAAUAAGUAUUUCAACCAUCCCAAGCUACAAAGUUUUCUCUUCCCUUUCUUUUCUUUUCUUUUCCUUUCUUUUCUCUUCACUUGUGAUUUCCAUUCGUUUUCUUCAAUUCUAACUACCCUUUUCGUAAAAAAUCAAUCUUUUGUUCCUUUUUCUUUUACUUAUAAAAAUCCCAACUUGAUAUUCAAAGUUUUCAUUUUUUUAUAUACAAAAAACAAAGGUUCUGUCUUUUUAUCUUUUGCUUGUUUUGUAAAGAUCUGGUGGGUGGUGGAUAGAUGGGGAGGUUAUUUGUGGUGAAUCUUGAAGGGAAGGUCUAUAGCUGCAAGCACUGCAAAACACAUCUUGCUCUUUGUGAAGAUAUUGUCUCCAAGUCCUUCCACUGCAGGCAUGGGAAAGCAUACCUCUUCAGUAAGGUAGUGAAUGUUUCUUCUGGGGAGAAGGAAGAUAGACAUAUGAUGACGGGGUUGCACACUGUGGCUGACAUCUUCUGUGUUGGAUGUGGAUCAAUUGUGGGGUGGAAAUAUGAAACUGCCCAUGACAAGAACCAGAAGUACAAAGAAGGAAAAUCCGUCCUUGAACGGUUUAAGGUCUCUGGUCCUGACGGAAGCCAUUACUGGGUCAGCCAUGGGGCCCAUGUUGGUGGGAGUGAUGCAGAUGAUGUUUGAUUAACAAUGAAUUCCAGUCCAUUCCAAUUGUACAUUCGUUAACCCCUUGUUCUCAUUCAACUCAUCUGAAUCCUUAAAACUGGGCAUUCCUUAUUGAAGCAGCCUGUCCAACUUGCUGUGAAUAACAUGAUUGGAAAAACAUUGAAUUGUUCAUUCUGAUUUAGCUAAUGUCAGAACCUGAUUGAUUAUUGUGUUGCAACUUGAAGUUUCAGAUGUCAAUAUUCAUGAACUUUACUCAA